AUGGAACCAAUCAUAACUGAAUUGUUGGUAUUACAACUAAUAUACACAUUCUUAUUGAAUGAGUUAAAGGAGGAACGAGGAGCCAUUAAGGAGAACGAUGUUGAGAUUGAAGAUGAUGAAUCACUAAUAAUACCACACAUCAAGAUAUCUCUCGUCAAGAUAACCAAUGAAGUGCAGAAUAAUGUGCUAAUCAAUGAAAUCUUACAAUACACAAAUGAUGAAAAUGAAACGAGUAAACUGAAUAUCAACGAUAUAUUAAGAAUUAUUGAAAAUUCAUUUGUUCCUAGUAUAUUCAAAGUUUCGUUAAUGAAUGGACAAUUGAAUUUCCAGAAUUUAAAAUUAAUGGAAGUAAAGAAGUUAAUUAUGGGGAAAUAUUUACAAUUUCGAACUAAACAACUUGAUGAGAUUCAAAAAUUAGAUGAUGAUAUAAUAGGCAAGUUGAAUAUUUCAAGUAGUUCACCGAAUGUUACAACAGCAAUGACUUCUAGUGCUGCUAAAUCCAGUAGUGGGAACAAUAUAAUUGAUCCAAAGAGGGAGAAGCUACUGAAACUGUAUAGAGACACUGUGUUGAAUAGAUUACAAAGCAAGAAUAAACUACUGGAUGAAUUAUAUCUGAACCUGGAAAAGGAAGGUAAUUAUCACAAGAUUGUGCAUAAGAUCAUUGAGAUAGAGAUGAUUAAGAAUGAGACACCGAGAAGUGUUCAUUAUCUGCAGUUAAUACUGCAGCGAAGUAUAUCAGAUGGGAUUAUGAGCAGUUACACUGGCAGCAAGACGUGGGAGAUUGCGCGACAGGUGCAAGUAGAUUUUGACGAUACUGUUCAAUUCAUGAGGAGGGCGUUAGAGUAG